AUUAAUGUAACUGAUCAAUCGUUUCAUCGGACCGAGAAAAGGAUUCAAACGCACGGUGUUAAAAGACACACAGUUUCCUCACGAUGUCCAGGUACCUCGGUCUGAUUCUCCUUAUCAGCACGUGCGGCCACGUGUACGGCAGCAAAAGAUGCGAAGGUAGUGGUUUAGGCUUGAAAUACGUCUGGGGAGAUGCUCUUACGGAUCCAGCGGACUGUAUAGGACCAAAUAAUAUGCAGUACCCGUCAGCUGCUAUCUCGAGGAGUUACAAGAAUCUGUGGGCGAGCAGUCGGACCGCAAGAGCUCAUCAGCCACGGACAAUCGAUCCUGAACUGACGAGGCAGGCGCUUCUGCAUAAUUACAAGGUCGCUCACGGGGAUUACUCGAUCGCUGAAUCCACACGCAAUGGACGCGCAUUUACCCCGAAAGAAAGCUGUGGUUCGCCAGCCAGGUUAUGUAAAACCAGGUACAACACCACGGCACCGAUGUACGGGGUCAGCUUAACCAGUGGCCAGCCGGUGACGAUCGUGCAAAAGUUCCCUGAUCUUCUGCAGCAGGUUGUCUUCGAAGUCUGCGAAUCAAAAGAGUGCGACGUGGUCCAUGGCGAGUGCACUCAAACCUACGUACCGUACCUGUUUCUGGUGAUUCCUCUCGGACCAGUGACCUUGACCGGUCAAGAUUACGUUCUGGUGGAGAGCGGUUGCGUCUGCAAGCCGAGAAAUUCGGCGAGCUCCACGUCGGAGCCCCCAUCCGUUCCAAGCUUCUAAAGGGUUCUUUGAACCCGGGUGA